AUGGCGUCACCAUAUCAAAAGCUGAUCAAUGAGCUUAAAGACACAGAAAACUUUGUCAAAGAGGUUACUCUUGGUAGAAGAAUAGGGUAUUAUACACUUGGACAGAUUCUAGGUAAAGGUGCUUUCGCUGAAGUCAAACUUGGAAAUCAUCUCCUUAUGAAUGAAAAAGUGGCUGUUAAAAUAACUGAGAAAGGAAAACAUGGUUGUGGCAAAACCCUGGAAAUAAUGAGGCAAGAAAUUGGUGCUAUGGAGAAGCUGGACCAUCCUAAUAUAACAUCUCUCUACGAGGAGAUAGAAACGCUUGAUAAAUUCUACUGCAUUUUAGAAUAUGUUGAUGGCGGGACACUACAGGAUUAUGUUAAGGGUAAGUCACGAAGUGGAGUGUGCACAAUCACGGAGCAUACAGCCCGAUUCUUCUUUAUUCAAAUACUGGAUGCUGUGAACCACAUGCAUAGGUGUGGGGUAUUUCACCGAGAUUUGAAGACUGAAAACAUUCUUAUGGAUAAAGAUAAGACGAUAAGAGUUGCUGAUUUCGGAAUAAGCACUUGUGAACGAGGUUUAAUAACUCAACAUUGUGGGUCGCCCGCCUACUGCCCUCCAGAGAUCUUCAAGAAGAUUCCCUACUUGGCUGCUCCCAUGGACGUUUGGGCAUUAGGAUGUAUACUCUAUGAGCUGGGUGCUGGUGAUAUGCCUUUUAGGGCACCUACUAAGCAAGAAAUGACAGACAAAAUCCUGCAGGUUGAUUAUGUCAUCCCGGAGAAUUUUAGCGAUAAUCUCAAAGAUCUAGUACAAAAGAUUAUUGUCGGUGACACAAAAGAUAGGUUGACAUUGAAAGAAAUACGGGGACAUCCCUGGUUAGCAGGAGCAGAAAACAGCACCGAUUUCAGUCCCGAUCCCACAUUGUAUGCGGGAGAGGUUAGAGAUAAGCUGAUGGAUGUUGGUAUCCCAGAGGAUCUGAUCUCCAAGGCGAUGGAACGGGUCAGAAGUAAAGCUGAGCCCAAAGACCCUGUUCAUGGGACAUACAAGAUAGCUCUGCAUGGGAUACAUGUUGAUGCGUUACAUAAGCAGGUCAACGACAUGGGCAAGAGAUUCUCACUCGUUACCUCGGACUUGCUACCUCAGCCGAUGCUGCAGAGUCGGCGUCCUUCCUCUCUACCCGACUUCGACUCUGCUCAUGACUCCUUCUCGGAAGGUCGUGGAGGAAAGAAAAAGUGCUGCUCAGUAAUGUAAGUAGAACGCAGCAAAUUGUGACUAGGAUGACGUAGCCAUGGUAACCAUGCUAACAAUAGUUCCACACAAACUCUCACCACACUCUCACCACACUCACCACUCACACGAUUUUAAUUACAAAGCAGCCAUUCAAAUCAUAAAUCCUGCCAUUAUCAAGAUGUAACUUGAAGAAAGACGAUCUGCAUUACCUAAACUGUGUCAGUGCAAUCUACAUCUGUACAAUUUAUUACAAUGAAAGGUACCCACUACCCAAUGCCCAUUCUGGUGUGCAUAGUAUAAAAUUAUAAUGUCUUGUUUCUGAAAAGUAUGUACACUAUGUUCCUUUACCCUUUAUUUUACGUACAAAGAUUUUAAUAUUUUAUGGAACCAAUUAUUUCCAAACUUUUUCUGCUAUUUGCUAUAGACAACCAUCACCUUGAACUCUAUUUGAUUGCGAUUCUAUCUUAAAUUGUUUAUACUGUUAUCUUCAUUAGCUAAUCAUAAAUUCCAGCUUCAUUCCAGCC